AUGGAGAACUUUGCCGAACUCAAAGAAGCGAUAGAGAGAGUUGAGUUAGUUGAUGCCCAUGCCCACAAUAUUAGGAGCAUAAGAGAAAUUUCUCACUUAUAUGGCUGUGAGCCAUCAUUGGAUGGUGUUGAAAAGUUCCGCCGCUUAUCUGGAUUGGAAUCGAUUACUGAAACUUGCUUCAAGGCUUCACGGAUAUCCGUUUUGCUCAUCGAUGAUGGACUGGAGCUGGACAAGAAAGUUGAUAUUGAGUGGCAUAAAAACUUUGUUCCUUCUGUGGGUAGAUUAUUGAGAAUCGAGCGUUUAGCUGAAAAGAUUCUCGAUGAGGAAAAACCAGCAGGAGCUAAUUGGACGUUGGACUCUUUCACUUCUACAUUUGUGGAGAAGUUGAACUUUUUUUUUUUUUUUCCAUUUGAACAUGGACUUCUUUUAAAUUCCUUAUCCUUCAUUACAUUAUCUGAAGAAGUUGUCGGCUAUAAGAGCAUUGCUGCUUACCGUUCUGGCCUGGAUAUCAACACUAAAGUCACCAUGUUGGAGGCUGAGAAUGGCCUCCAUGAUGUUCUACAAGGUGGAAGUCCCAUCCGCAUUACAAAUAAGAACUUCAUUGAUCAUGUUUUUACAUGCGCAUUGGAGGUAGCACUAAUUUUUGACUUGCCAAUACAGAUACACACAGGUUUUGGAGAUAAAGAUCUUGAUUUGAGACUUGCCAAUCCUCUUCAUCUCCGCAAUGUUCUUGAAGAUAAGAGAUUCAGCAAGUCACGCAUAGUGCUUCUGCAUGCAUCUUAUCCUUUUUCUAAAGAAGCAUCAUAUCUGGCCUUAGUGUACCCUCAAGUGUAUCUUGAUUUUGGGCUGGCCAUUCCUAAACUUAGUUUCCAUGGGAUGAUGACUUCAUUAAAGGAACUUUUGAGUCUUGCUCCAAUACGAAAGGUGAUGUUUAGCACUGAUGGCUAUGCAUUUCCCGAGACCUUUUUCCUAGGUGCAAAGAAAGCACAAGAAGUUGUAUUUGCUGUUUUACGUGACUUGUGUAUGGAGGGUGAUCUCUCAAUUCAGGAUGCUCUUUCAGCAGUCAAGGACAUAUUUUCCGAAAAUGCGAAAGGAUUUUACAAGAUUAAAGUAGCUGAAAUGCCAGUCGAGUCAGAAGCUUCAUCUCCUUUCAGCCUGUUACCUGUGGAAAGCCCUACCCAUAAUUGUGAUCUUACACUUGUGAGGAUUAUCUGGGUGGAUGCUUCUGGGCAGCAAAGAUGUCGGGUGGUUCCAGAGAAACGCUUCCAUGAUGUUGUGGUAAAGAAUGGUGUUGGUCUAACUCACGCGUGUAUGGCGAUGACAUCAGCUGUUGAUGGUCCAGCUGAUGGAACAAAUCUGACUGGUGUUGGAGAGAUUAGAUUGAUUCCUGAUCUAUCGACAAAAUAUAGAAUCCCAUGGGCAAAGCAGCAGGAGAUGGUUUUGGCUGAUAUGCAUCUCACACCUGGUGAGGCAUGGGAAUAUUGCCCAAGAGAAGCUCUAAGACGUGUCUCUAAAGUCUUGAAAGAUGAGUUUAACUUGGUCAUGAAUGCUGGAUUUGAAAAUGAGUUUGUUCUGCUAAAGAAUAUCGCCAGGGAGGGAAAAGAAGAAUGGGUGCCUUUUGACACAAGACCUUAUUGCUCUACAUCAGCAUUUGAUGAGGCUUUCCCAGUGUUGCAUGAAGUGAUAGCUUCCCUGCAAUCUCUGAAUAUUUCAGCGGAACAGGUACAUGCGGAGGCUGGAAAUGGUCAGUAUGAAAUUGCCUUGCAAUAUACGAUAUGCACCAAGGCAGCUGACAACUUAGUUUACACACGUGAAGUGAUUAGGUCUGUGGCUAGAAGGCAUGGGCUUCUGGCUACAUUUGUGCCAAAGUAUGCAUUGGAUGAUAUUGGAUCUGGCAACCAUGUUCAUAUAAGUUUAUCUGAGAAUGGGAAAAAUGUGUUUAUGGCAAACGAUGAAUCAGCUGAGCAUGGGAUGUCCAAAGUUGGAGAGGAAUUUAUGGCUGGGGUCUUAGAUCAUCUUCCUUCCAUUUUGGUAUUUACAGCCCCAAUUCCAAACAGCUAUGACCGCAUACAGCCUAACACAUGGAGUGGAGCAUACUUAUGCUGGGGAAAAGAAAAUCGGGAGGCUCCACUGAGAACUGCAUGCCCUCCUGGUGUUCCUAAUGGUGCAGUCAGCAACUUUGAAAUUAAAGUUUGUGAUGGAUGUUCUAAUCCAUAUUUGGCAUUGGCUUCUAUUAUCAUUGCUGGCAUUGAUGGUCUUCGCCAGCAUCUAAGUCUUCCUAAACCCGUUGAUGAAAAUCCUGACAACCGUAAAGAAGAAAUUCAGAGAUUGCCAAAAUCUCUCUCAGAAUCUCUAGAAGCUCUUGAGAAGGACACGCUAAUGCACGAGUUGAUGGGUGAAAAGCUCUUGACUGCAAUUAAAGGGGUGAGAAAGGCCGAGAUAAAAUACUACGCUGAAAACAAGGACGCAUACAGGAAAAUGAUACACAGAUACUAA